GCAUGCUUGGGAAUCGAUCCCGGAUCUCGGAACUCACGGAAGUAAAAUCCGCUACGCAUGAAGGAUGACAGUGCACCCUGUUCUCGACCUCUUUACGUAAAUCGUCCUUGAAACUGCCUAGAUUUAUCCCCUGAGUGACAAUGAAGUGUACUUCUUAAAGCUCACAAAGUUCAGUAAGCUGGUAGACCUAGCUGAAUAUGGCGAUGAUAUCUGAGAAAACUAAGUUGAAAGAGUCGGAUGAUCGCGUUCGGCAUUGGAAGCGAUGGGGACCGUACCUGUCUGAGCGGCAGUGGGGGACAGUCAGGGAGGAUUACUCGGCCGAUGGGAGCUGUUGGGAAUAUUUCCCACAUGACCACGCCCGUUCCCGGGCCUACCGCUGGGGAGAGGAUGGGCUUCUUGGAAUCUCAGAUCGUCAGUGUCGCCUCUGCUUCGGAUUGGCUCUCUGGAACGGCAAAGAUCCCAUCUUGAAGGAACGACUGUAUGGUUUGACAGGUCCGCAGGGCAAUCAUGGCGAAGACUGCAAGGAGAAUUACUACUACCUUGAUUCCUCCCCGACCCACUCCUACAUGAAGGCGUUGUACAAGUACCCGCAGGCUGAGUACCCCUACGCCAGGCUGGAGAGAGAAGGGAGGGAACGCAGUGUCCAUGAUCUAGAGUUUGAGCUGGAAGACUCCGGUGCUUUUGCCGAGGGUCGGUACUGGGACGUCUUUGCCGAGUAUGCCAAGAACACGCCCAACGACGUCUUGUGCCGCAUCACCGUGGCCAACCGCGGCCCGGAGACAGCGACCAUUCACGUGCUGCCGCAGUUCUGGUUCCGCAACACGUGGAUAUGGGGCUGUGAUCACGAGGGGUGUGGGAUGAAACCGAGGAUGUCCCUGGGCAAAGAUGGCAAGAUAGCGCUCACCCACGAUACCUUAGAUAACAUAACAAUUGUGUACGACACGGCACCAGACGGCACCAAGGCACCGUUACUCUUCACGGAGAACGAGACGAACAUGCGCAAACUCUUCGACACAGACAACUACACAAAAUUUGUCCGGGACGCUUUCCACCGCUACAUCAUUGAUGAGGAGAAGGACGCGAUCGAUGGUCGAUGCCGGGGUACAAAAUGCGCCUCUCACUACAUCCUGGAAGUGCCCCCUGGGGAGGAAGCCGUCGUCCGCGCCCGAUUCUUCUUCAAAGGAGAAGACCCGGGGACGUACUUUGGGAAGGAGGCAUUCGAGGACGUCUUCGCAACCCGCAAGGCAGAGACAGACGAAUUUUAUGCCACGAUUAUCCCCGCUGCCAGUGAGUCCGAGGAGUACCGAGUUGCUCGGCAGGCCUACGCCAGUCUGCUAUGGAGCAAGCAGUUCUAUCACUACAUCGUCAAGAGCUGGUUGAAGGGCGAUCGGGAGACCCCUAGGCCACCAGAGAGCCGAGAGAAUGGUCGGAAUGUGGACUGGAAACACCUGUACAACAUGGAUAUCAUCUCCAUGCCGGACAAGUGGGAGUACCCAUGGUAUGCGUCGUGGGAUUUGGCAUUCCACAUGAUACCAUUCGCCAAGCUCGACCCAACCUUUGCCAAGGACCAACUCCUGCUGUUUCUACGUGAGUGGUACAUGGCCCCAAAUGGACAAAUCCCCGCCUACGAGUUUGCCUUUGGCGAUGUCAACCCACCUGUCCAUGCCUGGGCAGUGUUCAGGGUCUUCAAGGCCGUGGCUCCUAGAGGAUCUAGGGACAGGGGGUUCCUGGCUAGGGCCUUCCAGAAACUCCUGCUCAACUUCACAUGGUGGGUGAACCGCAAGGACCCCGAUGGCAAGAACCUCUUCUCCGGUGGUUUCCUGGGUCUGGACAACAUUGGAGUGUUUGAUAGGUCACGACCUUUGCCCACGGGAGGUCACCUUGAACAGGCAGACGGUACAGCCUGGAUGGCUUUCUUCUGCAUCGUCAUGCUGGACAUUGCCCUGGAGCUGGCUAGGAGCGACGAGAGCUAUGAGGACAUGGCCAGCAAGUUCUUUGAGCACUUUGUGUCCAUCAUUGACGCCAUGAACUCAGUUGGUGGAGGUCUGUGGGACGAGGAGGACGGUUUCUACUACGACGUUCUCAAGACAGACACCUGCACCAUCCCGCUGCGCAUCCGCUCCAUGGUUGGCCUGGUUCCGCUCUUUGCCUCGCUGACCUUGGAGGAGGAGGUCAUCCAGAAGCUGCCGGGGUUCAAGAAGCGACUGGACUGGUUCAUGAAGAACCGCCCCGAGCUGUCCGAUCACAUUGCCUACAAGACCAUGGCAGACGGCAUCCAUGGUCGUCAUCUCCUUGGCAUCCCUCAGCGCAAGCAGCUGAAGAAAGUCCUCAAGUACAUGCUGGACGAGGAGGAGUUCCUGUCACCGUACGGGAUCCGGUCACUGUCCAAGGUGCAUAAAGACCACCCAUUCACUGUCAACGUGCAAGGGGAGGAGUAUAAAGUCAACUAUGUACCGGGCGAGUCCAAUACCUACCUUUUCGGAGGCAAUAGUAACUGGCGUGGACCCAUCUGGCUGUGUGUGAACUACUUGAUCAUCGAGGCCCUGGAGCGCUAUGACUUCUUCCACGGACCCACCUUCAAAGUGGAAUGUCCGACCGGGUCCGGCAACAUGAUGCGUCUCAAGGACUGUGCCAAGGAGAUCUCCUCCCGCCUGUCCAAGAUCUUCCUGCCAGACGAGAACGGCGUCCGGCCCUGCCACGCCGACAAUCCCCUGUAUAAGGAGGACCCCGCGUUCAAGGAUCUGAUCUUGUUCUACGAGUAUUUCCACGGCGACACAGGGCGCGGCUGUGGGGCUAGCCAUCAGACAGGCUGGACAGCCAUUGUGACGGCGUGCCUAGAGAGAGUCGUGAACAAGUAACAAGACACUCCACUCCACAAGACAUUCUCAUCUCUUCAUUCUCCUCUAAAAGACACAGUACAUACCAAGCUGUGUUGAAGUGUCGAGGGUAAAGGCCAUCUACACAAGCAUUAAGCCUUGAUAUAAGGCAUUCCUCUAUUCUAUGUAGUUAAACGUAAAUGUACACAUCUUCGAACUGGCUUAUAAAUCUCACAGCGCACCCAUAUACUUAAAGUUGUGUUCCCAUGCUCGUCAACAAGUUCAUUUUUUUUUUCAACUUGUAUGUUUUAUUCAAACCAAAAACCUUCCUUUUUACUCUGUUGGACGUCAGCAACCCUCUGAAAAGGGUUUUGGGGUUUGGGCACAAACAGAUCCACUUUGCAAGCAGACUGGCUCCCAGUCCGAACGUUAUCAUUACUGAUUGUGAGGCGGGAACCAGCCUACUCCGCGAGAACAGAAUUAUUGUCAGGCAGCGAAUAUUUAGAAAUUGUUAAGUAAUAACUUGAUAACGAAACAUGGGCCGUUUUUUUUUCGGACAGUGUCUCAUUCAAUAACUUUUGUAUUGCUAGAAAUAUAGCAAUUUAGAAAAAGAAUCUAUUGUUCGGGAUGAAACUCGUAUUAAACACGGGGAACACAAUAUAAGUGUUUUCAAGUAGCACAUUUAUGCACAUUCCAAGCAGGAACGCACAAACCUGUUAUUUACUUCAGUUUCUAUAGAGAUAUCUGAUUGAUUUCGUUAGUUUUUCGCAGUGGCUACUUUUGUUCUUUUAAGGCAAAUGUACGCACAUACAUUGUACGUCCUUUUUUCAGUAAUAGUGCAGAGAAAAUGCUUAAAUAAAAAAAUGUGCAACACGUCUGUAGUAUGCGCAAGUCGAUGUAUAAAGUGCAACUUUGAUUCGAAUUUUAAAUGUGCUUUUCCAAAUUUAUUUGAAAUUUAUAAGAUUUGUAAUGUUUUUCUGGUCGCUAGAAAUUGAUAUAUUUUUGUUGUGAUGUUUAAAAAACAAAAUUGUACAAGUUGAUUUUCUAUCCGUAAAUUUAGUUUUCAUCUUACUAAAUGAAAUUACUCUUUACUAACAAAUAUUUUAUAAAAACUUUUAUCAUGAAAGUUGUACGUAGUUAUCUGUAAACGCGGCAUUAAAAUUCUGGGUUCUUGGAGUUCCAAGGGUAAUGUGGAAUAUUUUUUUACCCUAAUAGGUGCAUAGGAUCGUUUGCUUUUUGUGCAAUUUGUUUUUUAUUUGAAGCAACAAAAUUGCUCAAAAUCUGAAGAAAUAUGCAUAACAACUAACUUGUUGAAGUUUCAGCUCAGUGGGUACUAUACAUUUUGAGAAAACAGAGAAAACGUAUGAACGCUUUUUUGGGUCUCGCAACUGGAUUCUGCUGCUAAUGCAAAUAGAAAAGAUGUGCCUGCUGGCACACUUCCUUGAACCACCUGCAACGAUUGUUUCCUUCAUAAUGAUACAAUUGAAGGGGGAAUAAUUUCACAGGGUAUUUGGUGACAGUCCAAUUUUCACUUUGAACAAGGAUUUUCUUGUUAAAUCGGUAGGUACGUUUCCAGGUAAUGGCACUUGACCCUACAUGUACGUGCCUUUAAAGUACAAGCCAAACUAAAUACUAUACACAAUCUUCAAACUUGUUCCUCAGUCAAUAUUGUUCCUCAAUCAAUAUUGCUCAAUCAAUAUUGUUCAGUAUUUGUUCAAACCCCCAAUAGUGUUCAGUAACCCAUACUGCACAUGCAUUUGUACAACUCAGAAAUGCCUUGUAGAAGUUACAUGUCUUACUGCCUGGUCAUUCCUAACUCAUUUUACUUGGGAUCUUCCAGAAUCCUUUAAAAUCAACGGCUAUCCAGGCAACUAGUGGAAUGAUUUUUUGUGUGCUUUAACUUCAGAGAGGCAUCAAGCACCAUUGUAAAGUAAUUCAGAUAAGAUAAGUUGUUUGCAGUAGCACCAUGUAGUAAAUCUCUUUUGUGAGUAUGUGUGGUUCUGAAAAGAACCGGAGGGACUCAACAUCUCGGACAGUUUGCUCAGACCGUUGUCAGGAGACUGAGGGCUUCCGUUGGUGAAGCGGGGUUAUAUGGUGCCUGGCAGUGAAGUGUGACAAGGAUGCAAACCAAGGGUACUGCAAACAACUUAUCUUACUUCCUUUUCACCGUGCAUUCCUUCAAAUCUCAUCUAAUUCAGAUUUUGGCUGUAACUUGUCUAAAUUCUGCACAUUUUAUUUUCAAGAUUUCCUGGUGUAUUGUGAAGGGUCAGAAAAAGUUCAGCCAGUUUUAAUUUUUUUGUCUUUUUCAGAAAAAAAAAAUGAUGCAGUCUAGGCCUUUUUCAGAAAAAAAAAAAUUGGUCUAGGCAAUUGUUAGUAUGGGUAUUCUCAUUUUCUGCCAACUUUAAACUACUUUAAAACUAUUUAAGCUAGUUUCAUCUUUUGAGGUCUUAGAGAUUUUGUAUUUUUAUACUAUAUAGAUUUAUGCAAUCUUUCGUUAGCACUAGGUGUGUAUACUUCAGCCAUCUGAAAUAAUAUCAAGGUAAACAAAAAACCAACAAAAUUAUGAAUUGUUUGUUCACAUGUAGGUAGUUAUUUUCCAUUGAUUAACAGAGCUUGCAGACUCAAGAAAUUUACAGGAAAAUUAUGUAAUGAAUGUGUUUUUCUUGAAAACUCUGAAAGUCUUUACAAAUUAAAGCAAUUGAACUGAAUGACAUUUAA